AUGGUCUCGUUCCAAUGCGAGGGCUGCGGAGAUGUCCUCACCAAGAAGAAACUCGAUCCCCAUCGUGGCCAGUGUCACGGCGCCUCGUUCUCGUGUCUCGACUGCAUGGUGCAUUUCCAAGGCACGGAGUAUAGAUCCCACACCUCUUGCGUGACCGAGGCGCAAAAGUACCAGGGCGCAUUGUAUAAAGAGAAGCCGGCAAAAAACAAUAAGAAGAAGGCUGUCACCAUCGCCGAGACCGCCGUUGUAAAACCUCUCAACCCAUACGUCGAGGACGUCCCAGAUGCAGACGACGAGUACAGUGGCGCACCGCCGCCAGCACCGAGUCCACCUCCGUUCAAAAACACAAACACAACCGUGGCUAAACCAAGGUCCGAAAAGAUCGAUGUGUUCGAUUUCCUCGACUCAUCAACCACCCCCAAUGCCUCCAAGGCCGACCUUAGCGAGUCGAUGACAAUGGUCGAGCAUGCGCCACCCAUAUUUGAUGCGCCCAAACAGCUUGCUCGUAUAGACAAUGGGCGAGACGACGACGAGGAGGAUACAGGCUACGACGUUGCGUACGAAGAAAAUGGGUUCUCCUACGGAGCCGGACCGAUACCGCCUGCGCCGCCAUAUAGACACGACUCCAAUAUGUCUACCUCCGCCGGAUCUAACGAGUUCAGGACGCCUGCGCAGAACUGGGAGCGGGAACGGCAGCAGUGGCUUCACGACCGACGUGCACGGCGAGAUCGUCCUCCUCCGUCACUCGAAGCCAGCAGGACGGACAGCAGUCUUACUACCAGCGAUAAGAAGCGAAAGCGUGGACAGCCCGAUCCUUCCAACGCAAACAUGGCUCCAGAGCAUUCACGCUACGACUACGAAGUUGACACGCCAAUGAUGGACGCUGCGAUAACUGGCCACGCGCAUUACCAUGACCGUGCUCCACCGAUCCUGCACUCAGGGUUGACUGGUAACCUUAGCCGGAUGAUGCGCUACUCGGUCUCUCCAGAAUACUCCGACGAAUACCGUAGCGACCACUCUAACGACGAGUACGGAUACGCUCGCGGACACGGCAACGAGCCCGUCUCGCCCAUCAAGCGCAGCAAACGCAACAAGGAACCUGUUGGAGCUGGAGAAAAUGGUCUGGGAAUAUCGAUGAAGGGCCAGAGUCGCACGGCAGGGAAACUCAUCUCACUUCUCGGUGCCGGCGCCACAAUCGACCCGACCACCAAGGCCCUCGUACGGACGAAGAGGCGCACUUCAGAGGGAUCGAGUGCCGCGGCCCCCGCGACCUCCACUUCGCGGGAAAUGGUGCAGGUGAAGAAGACAAAACGGCCAAAGACACGCCAGCUAUCCGAGGUGAUGAGCUCUAGUAAAACUCGGCGCAGAAUGAGCGGCAACGGAGCAGACGACACCGAUUCCGAGCGAGGCAGCAAGGAGCCACGCAAGAUGAAAGCGAUCGAGUAUAAACGCCUCAACGACUCGGAUGAGGGGGUAGCCAAACGCAGCAAAACAGAUGACAGCCAGAUGGUCCUUUAUAAAAACGGGCAGGGGGCUGACGAUAGCGAUUUCGAGGAAAGUCUUCGCAUCGAAAAGGCCGCCACCUUCUUGUCGCUGGUCAACAAGGGGCCUGACAGCGAGCGCGGAUGUUCGGUGCAUAAGAUCUUGAAACGAUAUCACCGUCUCGAGUCGCCGUCUCGGUCUGGCUCACCAGAGUCCAAGGACAAGGAGGUAUCCAAUACCAGGGACGGGAAGGAGGUGUCCAAGACUCGAGGACGAGGCCGAGGACGGAAUCGGGCUGGCGAAAAGGAGAGAAAGGACGAAGAAGAGCAGCGGCUUUGGCGGACACUGAGAGUCAAGAGGAAUGAUAAUGGGGAGAUGGUUCUUUUCUUGCCUUGA